AGAGAAUGGAGUUCCGUAGCUUUUGUGGCUUAAGACACGCGCCUAGGACGGCCGCUGUUCAUCCCCAUACAGUACUCGAUCUGCACGCGAAACAAAUGACCGCCACGGCCGCCCGCGCGGCGACCCUCGCAGCCCUGCUGGCGCCGGUCGCGGUCGCCCUCAAGCCGCGGGGGGGCGGCGUGACCCGGCUCGGGGUGAUGAACCAGUACGGCGUCACCAGGUACACCAGCGAGGAGCUGCAAAAAACGCCCUCAAGCAAGUUCUACUGGCCGGACUCUGCCAACCGCGAUCGCUACGACUUCAUCGGCGCCUCGGACCUCACCGAGAACAUAUCCUGGGGCUGGCACCACCCGAACGGUGUCUACAACACGAUUCCGGUGGGCGCCCCCCUCAUCGACGGCGACCAGAACAUCUACCUCGGCUCGGACGACGCCGUGCGGAAGUUCAGCGCCUCUGGCGACCUCCUGUGGAGCUAUGCCCCCCGAGGCCAGCUCGCUGCCGCGCCCACUCUGCUGGGGGCCACCGCUGGCGACUCGGACCGGGAGGGCGUGACGUUCUCCAGGGACGAGGAGACCCAGCUGGAGGACACGCUGUCGCCAGAGACUCUGAAGCCCUGGGGCGCCGCUCGCCUGGCGGCCGAGCCUGCCGCCGGCGCGGCCCUCGGGCUCUUCCGGGAGCUCCGGGUGGGCGACCGGGUCAAGGUAAAGCCGGGCGUGGGGUACCACGCGGACGGCAAGGAGUACUACAAGGCGGGGGACCUCGGCCAGAUCGAGAAGGUGGACGUCGCUGGGGGCGAGCCGAGGGCAACGAUCCGCUGGCAGCGCAGCGGCCACCGCAGCGUCGCGGGCCUCUCCGCCCUGAGCAAGAGGUUCGUGAGCAUCCGGGCGCCGAGGAGGUCCGCGCCUGCCAUGCUGGUGGGCAGCACCACCUCCGGCUACGUGUUCGCUCUGGAGCUGGCGACGGGAGAGGAGCUGUGGGCGACCCAGGCUUCGGAACAGAUCGCCGGCGUGAAGGGCGCGGUCUCUGGCAGUGGCGGGGUAGUGGUGGUCGCGACCGACCGCUGCACCGACCACCUCUGCUACCGCUACCGCAACAGCUCCAACCCACUGACUCCUGGCAACAGGGUCGUCCGGGGCAUCAGCGCCUCGGACGGCAGCUCCCUGUGGGAGUACAGGACCUUCUCCCCGGUGUGGAACUUUGUGCCGCAGUAUCACACGAGCGACGGGACCGUGAUGUUCAGCGACCAGGAGGGCAACACGUACUGCCUGGACCUCGAGUCCGGGACCGAGAGGUGGAUGCAAGAGGGGGCCAUGGGCACUUACACCCAAGCCAACGCCGUGUACGAUCCCUCAACGAACCUCAUCUUCGCCAUGGGCGUGCAGGCAUACGACAGCAAGUACUGCAACCCGUUCCCCGCCCCUGGCGUCCUACCCGACUGCGGCACGUGGCCGGGCUCGCCCGGCUGGGUGCGCGCGCUCAACGCGAGCUCUGGCCGCGCGCGAUGGGAGCGCGAGACCCCAGAGCCCCCGGCCAGCGCCGCCGUCGGCAUGCUGAACAGCCCCCAGUUCCACUCCCGGCUCGUGAUCGCCAUGGGGCACAACUGCCACUACAACUCCCCCUCCAAGAUCUGGGCCGUCGACCCCCCCAACGGCGACAUCCGCUGGUCGAAGGACGGCCCGACGCUGUGGGCGGACAUGUGCGCGGGCGACAAGGAAGGCGGCGACAUCCGCAGGGCCAUGGGCGGGCGAGCGGCGUGCGUGCCGGGCGCCUGGUCCACCCCUGCGAUCGACCAGCGCGGCGACGUCUACAUCGGCAGCCAGGUGGGUGAGCUCCAGAGGUGGGGGUCGGAGACAAACGAGGGGGCGAAGAGCGUCAAGCUGCUCUCCACGCUGACCACGGGAGUGGCCUUCCAGGACCAGGCCGUGGCAUUCUCCACAGGCAUCAUGGCCGUGUCGACGUGCACGUCGCUCCUGGUCUUCCAGACCUUCCCAGACAACCUGACGGUGGACAGCUCAUGGUACUAGCGAGAGUACAUAGUGAGGGCUCGGAGUGAGCUUCGCUCGCCUAGCCGGCAUGCGGGUCUUGUAGCACAGCCAAACGUUGCCCAUGCCGAUGAACCUGGGACGGCUUGUCCUUUGGGCUUUGGCGCACGGAUUGAGUGCGCUCUGGCUUAGCUUCGUUCGUUGUAAUGCGUUCGACAAACGUACGUCUUGCAUGUUUGGCAUACGUACGUCCAUGCAA